AUGCAGAAUAUGAACCAACAGUUACCUAUGCAAAUGCAGAGACCAUAUGGCAUGCAUCCUGUUCAACAACAACCUAUGUUUGGCUUUCCUCCUAACCAACUGCCUCCUCAUCCUAUGGUCCCUCAAAAUCCAACGUUUUCUGGAAAUUCUCAGUUUGGUGUUGUGCCUGGAAAUCAAGUCAGGCCACCGAUUGCCCCAAAUCCGGCAGCCGGGAACCCAAAUGGUUUUGUAUCAGGUCCUUUUCCAUCUCAGCAGUUACAAGGGAAUACUUCUGUGCCACAUAAUACAAACAAUGCUCAAAGUUCUGCAUUUAGGAAUUCACAUUCACAGGAAAAUCCUAAUAGCAAUGUCAACACUAAUUUUGCAAACUCUAACUGGAAAGGAUCGCCAAACAAUAACUUCAAAGGAAACAGGAGAACUAAUGCUUGUGAGAAAAAAACAGGUCCCAACAAUGAGAGAGCAGGAACUUUUGGUUUAAAUUCUGAGGAACAUCAGCAGCAACCACAAAGAUCCUAUUCUGCGACUUAUUCUGAGCAAGAAAUUCUACGAUGGCGUGACGCACGGAGGAAGAAUCACCCUUCUAGAGAAAAAAAUGAGAAGACGCAGAGUGAACAAUCGAAAGACUCCAAGUGCAUUGAUAGAGAGGUUUUACAAAGAGAGCUCAAAGAGGUUUUAGCAAAGCAAGCUGAGUUGGGAGUUGAAGUUGCCGAAAUACCUUCAUACUAUCUGAAGAAUGCUGCAAAUCAAGGCCUUCAGAGUGAAGAGAAUGAAACCCCAUUUACCAACAAAAGAAAAUUCAAAAACAAGGCAAGAAGGAAUCCAAACAAAAGGCGUCGGAACGGCAAGAAGCAGAAGCUGGCUGACAAAGAUUUUUUACAAAACAAGAAGAAGCCAACUUUAUUACAGAAACUCUUGAGUGCAGAUAUAGUGAGGGAUCAAAGCUACCUGUUUCAGGUUUUCGGGUUCAUGACAGCGAAUUCGUUCUUGAAGGAUUAUCCUGAUAAGCCUCUGGUAUAUCCACCAGUUUUGGUAAAAGAAAUGGGGUCUGAAGUUUAUGAUGGAAAAAAACAUUUGCAUGGCGGAAAAGAUGUUGUUGAAGAUGGUACCAAGGGAAUAGUUGAAACACAACUUGUUGGGAAACAAACUCAUGAACAUAAAGAACAGGCAUGCUCUGUUAAGCAGGCUUGCGACAAAUCCAACAAUCCUAAUAUAAAAGAACAGGCAGGCUCUGUUAAGCAUGCCAGCAAAUUCCAAUGA